AUGCCAAAAGAUAAUUGUGAUUGUGAAGAAACACCUUUAUCAAUGAUCCUUUUAAAAUUCUUUAAAAUUACAAUUGUGGCGAGAAAUCCAAAACCAAUAAAAGAAAAUACAGGAAGACUUAAAAAAUCG